ACCUAUAUAGCGUAGCCCGUGCGGCCGUGCCCAACUUUAAACUAGGUAUUCACAUCAGUAACAUCUGCACGCUCCCUACAUCGGUGCAUACGUAAACUCGCCCGCUACCAUCCAUCCUUCUCCAUGAAACCGGGUCCAUAAUACAAUAAUGAUAUAGAGAUUAAUGACUUAACAAUGACUCCUCCCACAACAACACUACCACCACCUUUCAUAAUUCGGACAAAACCCAAAAACACAAUUUAUAUCAACAUCUUUGCCAAAAGUGGCCAAAACAUUUGAAAAGCCCACAUAAUAUAAAUAAAAGUAAAGAUAGAAUGUUCAUACAAUCUCUUCUCAAACACUCACUACUCAAAAAUUACAAAAAAAAUUGUCCAAAUUUCAAACGUGCUUACCAUUUCCACUCAAUUUACCAAUUAUUUCUCUCUCCUACUUUGCCAGUUCUCUUGGAAGAGAGAGAAUUCUUCCUGGGUUGCUUUCUCUCUCCUCUUUUGCUUUUCUCUUUUUUCGUUAACCCCCAACAACAAGCAAUCUUCUUCCCCCCAAAAAUUUACCAAAUAAUCUGUUGAUUUUCCCUCCAAUUUCAUGACUCUGAAAAUGAAACGAGAGGUUGAAAUGGAUGAAGUUGAAGCUGUUUUAGAAAAGAUUUGGGAUUUACAUGACAAACUUAGUGAUGAAAUUCAUUCUAUUUCUCGUACCCAUUUCGCUAAUUCCACUAAAUCCCUCAAAAAUUCAAACACCCAUGAAAAUAAUUUCAAGAACAAUAACAUCAAACAUCAAUCUCAGCCUCACAAUCAUUUUUUUGAUCAUGAUUUUAAGGACUACAACAAUAUUAAUUCUAAUGGGUUUGUUUUUUUCAAGGAUUUUGAUAAGAAUUGCGCCAUUGCUGAGGCUAAGAGUCUUAAUUCAAUCCGUUCUGCCCUCGAGAAUCUCGAAGAACAGCUCGAAUUCUUCCAUGGUCAAAGAGAAAUCGAGACCUUUCCUGUUUGCACAAAAGAUUGGGAAAAGAGAAAAAAGUGGCAGACUGUGCAAAUCCAGCAGCGUGCAGAAAGGGAUGCAGCACUUGCACGAUUAGAGCAAAGCCGAAUUGUUCUUGCAUUGAGAUUGGCUGAACACCAUGGGAAAAGAUACAAGGUAAUAGAUGAGGCUAUGGAUUUUGUGGGAAAUGUUAGAGAUGCGACAUGCUUUGUCGGUCCUGAUAAUUUCUCGAAUCCUCCUGCAAGUGCACCUGCUGAACAUUCAUUGCAGAAAAAAGGUGUCAGCUCAAACAUUUUUGUAAGAUUUUUGUUCUCUGGACUAGAUUCUGCUAAAAGAACACUUCAGCUGGACAAAUUAGGUGGAGUUUUAGGGAAUGCUGCUUUAUUUGCCUUAAGCAUGGUUGCACUACUCCAUCUACAGCAAGCAACAUCUAAGGAUAACAAUAUGUUAGACAGUGCCCAGAACCAAGAUAGAAGAACGGUAAAGAAACUACUGCAACGAGAUGGUUCCUCCUCUACUGGGCAAUUGAACCCCUUGGAUGUACGGUUGGCAAGAGGUUAAAUACGAGCUCCCAACUUUUUGCUCGUUUGGUUUUGUAGGUAAUAGCUGUUUCAACAAGACUUUUGCUAAGAAUUGUUGGUAUAUGUAGGGUUUUGUAGGCGUUGUAGUUUCUUCAAGAUGCUUGUAUAUACGUAUCAGGCUAUCCGUUUAUUAUUUAAUUUUUUUCUUUAGGUUAGUGAAUUUAUUUUGGUAUACUUGGCUCUGCAAUGGGUUUUUGUCGACGAAGUUUUUUUUUUUUUUUUUUUCGACGAAGUUGUCUUUCCCUGAAUUUGUUUUGUAACGGAAAUUGUGUGGUAUUUUCUGAAGAUUUCUUUUGUAGAAAAUAUAUGCUUGGUAAAGAUUUUUAAAGAAGUUUGGAAACUGCAUGUAUCCAUUUUGAUGUGAAAA